UUGGAGAGGACGAGUGCUUGGUCGACAUUUUAGCUCUGCAUCAUCAGGACUGACGUGGGGACUACGUGGCUCGAGCCAUCCACUCCUACCGUAAUUAGUGACGAGUCUGACUACGUAACUUAUAACUUUGCCUCAUUUCCUGACAUUUCCAGUCCGAUGACCAUGGACACAGCGGUUGCGUCGUCAAAGCAGGAGGGAAGUUUUGAUGACUCUCUGUCUGAUGAAGAACCAAGUCAGAGUGAAUCCAACUCACCCACUGCAGUACUCACUCAGGUUUCAGGAACAGGAGACUCCGCUGGCAUGACAGUGGUGCAGUUACCUGGUGGACAGACAGUUCAUGUUCAGGGUGUCAUCCAGGCUCCUCAGGCCUCUGUCAUCCAGUCACCACAGAUGCAGAAUGUACAGAUAACCUCCAUAGCUGGGCUUGAAGAUGGGGAGUCAGCAGUCACAGACACACAGAAAAGAAGAGAGAUUCUCUCAAGACGGCCAUCUUAUCGAAAAAUCCUCAAUGAACUAUCAUCAGAUACGUCCUCAAUUCCGAGAAUUGAGGAGGAGAAAGCUGAAGAUGAGGUUCCACCCUCCAGUGUCCCUUCAGUUCAAGUGCCAACUUCAAUUUAUCAGACCACCGGUGGCCAAUACAUUACCAUCACCCAGGGGGGAGCCAUCCAGAUAGCCAGCCCAGGCAGUGAGGGUCUGCAGGGCGUACAGACUCUGGCCAUGUCCAACUCAGGUACCCCCCAGAUCCUGCAGUAUGCAACCCAGGCAGGGGACUCAGGACAGCAGUUCUUCUCUGUACAAGGUGGCCAGGUGGUGAUACAAGCUGCCACUGGAGAUAUGCCAGCAUACCAGCUGCGUUCGCCCACCUCUUCGGGCCUGCCCCAGGGCCUGGUGAUGGCUGCUUCCCCAGGCUCCCUGUCCAUGCACAAUCCCCCGGUGCACACUGAGGAGGUCACACGCAAGAGGGAGGUCCGCCUCAUGAAGAACAGGGAGGCUGCACGGGAGUGCCGCAAGAAAAAGAAAGAGUAUGUCAAGUGUCUGGAGCACCGUGUGGCCGUGCUGGAAAACCAAAACAAGACCCUCAUCGAGGAACUCAAAGCACUAAAGGACAUUUACUGCCACAAGAACGAAUAGCUGAGUAGCUGCGCUCAGCCUUGUGCCAGGAGAGAGAGAGAGAGAUCCUACUGAGAAAGCACAGAGUGCAGUUUACAGAUUGACUGCUGUAAAAAACAGACUCUGGGACAAAAACUACUUUCACUGUCUUUGUUUCUCGUCUACUCCGCUUGUUCGGGCCCAGUCACUUUGAUGCUGCACCAGAGGUUGUUAGGCGGCCAUAGGCUUGUGCUCUCCGGGCUGAAGUCAAGUCCUGCUCUGGACAGGGCCCCUGUCUGUCCUCACUCAUGCGCUUGUAUGUGAAUACACAAGUGUCGCCCAGCCGCGUUUGCUUCUGCUGUUUGCAGGGAGGCAGCCAAUGAGAAUCCAGCCUGCGGAAGAAGAGGAAGAGGAAGUAGAUAUGCUUCCAGAAGACACACCGCUCACCACCACUGGCUCACCGCAUUGGAGAAGCAGAAGCUGCGAAAGAGCUUCACUAUCAACCAGCAAGUUCACAUUAAGUGCACACAGACUCACCAGCAACCCAACCUACCUUAGCCCGAGUGCCAGUCUGUUUGUGCUGUCAUGCCAACUCCUUGUUACUCUUUGUCACAUUUGGCUUGACAAUGAAAGCAUGCGAGUUGGCAAGAUUACAAACAGAUCUGGGACCAGGCUAAACCUACAUAUCUUUACUUGUCACUGCUAGCUAGAGUUGUACUUCUUAUAUUACUAUACUACCUUUGUGAAAUCAGAUGGACCUCUUCUUUCAGGACAAAGUGUGACGAGUAAAUUCAAGUUUUGAAAUUCUGUAUUUGGCUAUUUGAGUGUCAGUUGGAGUUGUCUAAUGACUUAACCUGUUACCUGAAUCAAUGUGUAAGACCCAUUGUCAAGGAUGUGACUAUACGCCUUUCAAUUGAUGGUCUCUUUUCAAACAACACAGUUCAAUUUAAAAUAUAAAAUAAACAUGCCGCGCCCAUCGGAGGAGUGUAUAUUAAAUAAUUAUAUAUUUCUAGCCAUUGGAGGAAUCUUAUGUCACCAAGACCAUUUUGAAAUGACUACUGCUUUACCGCUCAAAAUUGCUACAUUUAAUGUUUACUGAAUCGCUCACCAAUCGUUGUCCCCUUUGUCUGUCUUGGAACAGUACUGUGCUGUGCCAGUGUACUGUAUACAUGUUUUUUUUAAAUAGCGCCGGAAGUGCUGAUGUUUGGGUAUUUUGAGACUCUUUAUAAAUGUUUUAUGUGAAUUAGUUGAUAAUAACAGAUAGGAUAUGUCCCAAAUGGGCCACUAUUCCCUUUAUAGUGCACUACUUUGGACCUGAGUUCUGUGGGCCCAGGUCAAAAGUAGUGCACUAAAUAGGGAAUAGUGUGCCAUUUGGGAUGUAAAAAUAGAGUUCGUGAGUGCUCUGUUUUAAAGGUAUUGCCAAUUUAUGUCCAUGAGAGCACAGACUUGACUAUGAUGAUGAUGCAGCUUCAUGUUCUUUCCUCACACCAGUUCUGCUUGCAGUGAUUUUGCAGCCUCCUGCUUGCUUUGAAUUUCCAUUAACCUUUAUUUCUGUUUACAGGUAUAUGUCCUUUGUAUGUUUGUUGUCAGGCCAAUGAUUAUACAAUUCAGGGGAGAUGUCAAAUACAUUUCAUCUCAGUAAAUGUUUUGGAUAGAAUUGAAAAGUAUGUCAAACAGGUUAGCUCUUAAAACCAGUUGUUCAACUUAUGUUUGAAGAUUGUACAAAUAUACUAUUUCUAAUAAAAUGUCCAUACCAGA